AGGCUCCUCCCUCUGAGCCUGGGUUGCUUGCUCCGCCACUGCAUCUCAGCGCAUCCGGCGAUGUAUCUCCGCAGGGCUGUGUCCAAGACUCUGGCGCUGCCCCGGAGGGCGCCCCCCGGUCCCGCGCCGCUGGGGAAGGACGCAUCUCUUCGCCGAGUGUCAUCCAGCAAAUUCCCUGGAACAUCUGGCUCCAAUAUGAUCUAUUACCUGGUUGUAGGUGUGACAGUCAGUGCUGGUGGAUAUUAUACUUACAAGGCUUUCACGUCAAAGCAAGUCAGACAUACAGAACAUGUAACCGAACCAAAAGAACAAACAAAGGCAGAGUUACAACCAGUUCCAGGUGAAAAGGAGCAUGUGGCAGAAGCCGAGAAAGCAUGUUCAGAGACUGGAGAAAUUUCUGUAAAGGAAGCUGAAUCGGUAGAUGCCGAGGAAGUCCCAGAGGCUGCAGCUGUGCCUCCAGAAGAGUCUCAGGCCUCCGCCUCUGAGGUCCCUGCCGAAGUGGCUUUGGUGGAGACAUCUGUAUCGGGCUCAGAGCCUGAGCUGAAGAUCGCCGACAUUUCCCUGGUGGAGACCACCGAGGGUGUCCCUGAAUCCACUCCGGAGGUGGAGAGUGCAGCGCCAGAUCAGGCUGAUGUUUGCAAUGAAGGGGCUGAUACCAGCAAGGAGGGGGCUGAUACCAGCAAGGAGGGGGCUGAUACCAGUAAGGAGGCUGAAGGUACCACUACUGAAGACCGGAGCUCGAUCUCCGAGGAGAGUGCCGAACUAGAAGAAGAAAGCUCUCCCUUAGGCUCUGAACCGUCUGCCCAGCCUGAGUCACAAGAAGAAACCGAGGUCACAGCGGAAGCAGCAUCACCCCAAGGCUGAUCUGCAAAAUUCUAUAGUUGCUUUUGUAUUUUUAGUAACCUUAGCUCUUCUUUCUAGAAUAUUUUAAUAUACCUUAAAUAAUUUGUCUUUACUAAUAGCUAUUUGAUUGGGGUUUGGUAUUUUACAUGUCUUAAUAGUUUUCUACCCUCUAAAAUCAGGCUGUUAAGACCUUAACUAAUGUUAAGUUUGGAUUUAAGUUUUACAUUUUAGAAAUCGUUGUUAACAACCUGUGUCACUUUGAUUUUGCUUUGCCUUUUCUCUUACUUUAUUAUAUGUAAGACUAGCUUAUUGGGUUUGAUGUGAACUCAUUUAAAUAAAAUUAGAAAAUCCUAAA